AUUAUGGCAGACUCUCAGCUUGCUAGCUUGGAGGCCUUCCUCCUGGGCUAUCCCAGCAUUAAGUACACAUCACCCUCGUCGCCUGAGUUCUCCACUGUGUGUAAGGUAUGGAAUCUGGCUCGUCCAGACACUCCACUUGCCGUCGUCCAUCCUCAAAACGCAGAGGAUGUGAGGGUACUGGUGCAAUUCGUCAAGUCCCAGAGGAUCCAAUUCACCAUCCGGGUAGGCGGCCAUAAUAUGGAAGGCCGGGCUCUCGUGGAUGGUGCCCUCGUAAUCGAUCUUCGGGCGCUUACCGGGGUCCAGAUAGCCGAAGAUCGCCAAUCGGCUACAGUAGAGGGAGGAAUCCUUCAGGGAGAGCUCGGCACAAAGCUGUGGGGCGAAGGACUCGCCACACCCACUGGGUCAAUCCCGUGCGUUGGCUAUGUUGGGUGGGCCAUGUACGGAGGAUAUGGACCCUUCUCGUCACACUGGGGACUCGGGGUCGAUCAGAUUCUUGGUGCGACGAUUGUGAAUCAUGAUGGGGAGAUUAUCCAGGCGGAUGAGAAGCUCCUGAAGGGCAUUCGUGGGGCGGGAGGUGUGUUCGGUGUUAUUGUUGAUCUGACUAUUAAAGUGUAUCCGCUCAAGAGUUUUCUGGCCGGUGCGAUUCUCUUUGAUUCCCAGGAUAUCAGCAAAGUUUUUACCAAUUUUAACACUGGAUACCAAAAGCUACUGCGCAACGGCAUCCCUAAGCAGCUCACCAUCCAACAAGCAGUAUUCAACGCGCCUCCUGGACGCGUCUUCGCUGUUCUUGUCGCCUGGAGCGGCGAUGACAUCGAAGAGGGCAAGCACUGGAGCAACCAGAUCGCAAGCCUGGCACCAGUGUUCAUGAGCACAGUCGGGGAGACUACAAUCCCCGAAUGGUUCACCGGAAAUACAGCCAUGGUCCCGUCAAGUGUAUAUGGAUCCAGUCGCACACUGAAUCUGUACAGCGUCACACCUGAAGUCGCCGAGGCAAUCGGACGCAGUCUAACCACGCUACCGACUGAUCCAGGCACCAUGGUCUCCAUGCAUCAGCUAAGAGGUCCCUCUGCGAAGCCGAAAGAUAACUCCGUCUUUGCUACCAGAGAGCCACACUACAUGCUCGAGAUCGUUGGGUUCGCAGUGGUGGAGGACCGUAAGGGGGAGGCCGAGCAAUGGGCAUGUGACAUUGAGGAGGCGAUCUUGAAGACCGACGGUGGGAAUAUCCUUCCCACUGCGUAUAUCUCUCUAUAUUCUGCUUCUGAGCGCGGGGUUGACCCGCUGAGUCAGUGCUAUGGCUCUCACGCCGAGGAAAUUCUUUCGUUGAAGAAGGAAUAUGACCCUGAGGGCUUCUUCCAUUGGACUGUACCUCAAUUAGAGUAACCGUUGCAAUGGGAUUCUUGCCCUGCAUGGUGAAAAAUGGCUGAUACAUUGCUGGGAAUGGUGAUGGUUGUUUCUUCAGAACAAUAAACCGAUACUAGGUUCGUACGAGUGGUAGCAGCUUUUAAUAGGGGCAAAUACGAAGGGCCGGCUGCGAUAAAAACUGCAUGGGAAAUUAGUGAAACCUUUUUUUUGUUGGGUUCCUUUUGAAAUGAUUGUCGGUUGAAUGCUCACUGCCAGCCCCCGAGUGUCCCCAGAAAAGCGGCAGCAUCCAGAGGAGGAAAGCUACAAUGACUCCAGAAAGAACAGGCGUGUAUACGUACAUUUAUAUCGUU